UUUUUCACAUGUGUCCAAGAGGAGAUGAAGCACAUUGGAUUCUGCAUAAUUUGGCUUUGGAUGACAAUUCUCUUCCUCCUUCCUGUUUCAACUUAUAUGGCAGCCACUGACAAGACAGUUACAGUGUGUCCUAUAAUGAGACCAGAUGGACAUCAGCUUAGACAUAUCUACAAAGAAAAUCUUGAUGUUUCAGGUUUUGAUCUAGCAGAAAGCUUUUCUCUGAGACAGGCAUCUUGUGGAGGUGGAAAAACCUGUUUUAAACUGGGAAGCACACCUCUUAUCAGAGACACUCGGCAAGUAUUUCCAAAUGGGCUUCCUGAAGAAUAUUCUUUAAUAGCCACAUUCCGUGUAAGACGAAACACCAGAAAGGAACGGUGGCAUAUAUGGCAAAUUUUAAAUCAGUCUGACACCCCACAGGUGUCUGUCAUAGUUGAUGGUUCAAAAAAAGUUGUGGAAUAUAUAGCCAAAUCUGCUCAGGGAAAUGUGCUACACCACACCUUUAAAAAUCGGGAAAUUUAUCCUCUCUUUGAUCGGCAGUGGCAUAAGCUUGCCAUUAGUAUACAGUCAAGGAUCGUUUCCCUCUAUGUGGAUUGUAACUUAAUUGAGAGAUGGCAGACUGAUCUAAAGGACUCCAUUGACUUUCAAGGAAGGACUUUCAUUGCUGCUCGAGCUGCAGAUGACAAGCCUGUAGAUAUUGAACUUCGCCGCAUAAUAAUUUAUUGUAACCCAAAAUUUGCAGCUCAAGAGACCUGUUGUGAAAUAUCUGAGGGCAUGUGCCCACUGGAGGACAGUUUCAUUACUACUUCUUCGUCACCAAUGACUGUUCAUGUCAGCAAAAUACAUGCUCUUCCAGUAACACAGCAGAAGUCUAAAGACCUAUGCCUCUGCUUUCCAAACAAAGGUGAAGCAGGAUUGCCAGGAGUAGCUGGUUUGCCAGGUCAGAAAGGAGAUAAAGGAGAAAAGGGUGAAGUGGGUGUUAAAGGAGAAAAUGGUGUUUCUGGGCUUCCUGGGGAAAAGGGGGAAGAUGGCUUAGUAGGUGUUCCUGGCCUUCCUGGUUCCAAGGGAGAACGUGGCUUUGAGGGUAAUAAAGGAGAAGAAGGUGAAAAGGGUGAGAAGGGAGAUCAAGGAGAACCGGGACCUGAAGGCAUGCAUGGAAAAGAUGGUUUGCCAGGGCUAGAAGGUCCUCCAGGUCCACCAGGGAAAGAAGGUCAGAGGGGAAGGCGAGGUAAACCGGGACUCCCUGGUAAACCAGGAUCACCAGGACCUCCGGGUGUUGCAGGACAACUAGGAUUACCUGAGGCUGCUGGACAUAAAGGACAAAAGGGAGAAAUUGGUCGGCAAGGAGAAAUGGGCUUAACUGGUGCAAAAGGUGAAAAGGGAGAGUCUUCUGAAAAAGGAGAAAAAGGGGAUCCAGGGGAAAUUGGAAUGAAGGGAUCACAAGGAAUUAAGGGUGAAACAGGAGAUCGUGGUCCUCCUGGACUCACUGGAAAUCCAGGAUCAGAGGGACUGCAAGGUCCUCCAGGACCCAUUGGACCCAGAGGAUAUCCAGGAGAAGUCGGUUUACCGGGAGAGCCUGGGAUACCAGGAAAACCAGGAAUUAAAGGAGAAAAGGGUGAUUCUGGUGGAAUUAUAGGACCUCCUGGACAUCCAGGUCCAAGAGGUGAGACAGGACCCCCUGGGCCAAGUCUGCCUGGGAAACCAGGUCUGGCUGGCACUCCUGGAACCCCAGGUCCACGAGGGCCUAAGGGUGAAAGAGGACUGCCUGGCGUACAAGGGUCCCCUGGAGAGUUGGGGCCACUCGGAAUAGGAAUUCAAGGACCUCCUGGUCCUAAAGGUCCAUUUGGGGAACCAGGUGCCCAGGGCCCUAGAGGACCCCCUGGAUUACCUGGAACUCCAGGUACCCCGGGUGCUGAUGGUAGUCCAGGACCAGAUGGGAAGCCAGGACUUCCUGGUCCUCCAGGUGACCCAAUUGCACUUCCACUUUUGGGAGACGUGGGUGCUUCAUUGAAGGGUGAUACUGGGCCGAGAGGUCCUCCAGGAAUCCCUGGUAGGGAGGGGCCAAAGGGAAGCAAAGGUGAACGUGGAUUUCCUGGACUUUCUGGAGAGAAAGGUGAUGAGGGUCUUCAAGGUAUUCCAGGACUCCCUGGUCUAACAGGACCUAAUGGACCUUCUGGAGCAGUAGGAAGACCUGGACAUCCCGGUCCAGUUGGGGCAAAAGGUGAAAAGGGUAAUGAGGGUUCUCCUGGAAAGCCUGGAUCACCUGGACCUCCAGGUAUGCCUUACAAUGAAAGGAAUGGAAUGAGCAGCUUAUAUAAGCUACAGGGAGGUGUAAGUGUUGCUACUUAUCCUGGUCCGCCGGGCCCUCCUGGUCCAAAAGGUGAUCCUGGCACAAUGGGAGAACCAGGUCCAAUGGGACUACCUGGACUAGAGGGAUUUCCAGGAGAAAAGGGAGAUCAGGGACCUGCUGGUUCACCAGGAGCACCAGGGUUACCAGGAAAGACUGGAUCUCCAGGACCACCGGGAAUGCCAGGGGAACCAGGUGAAAGAGGCCCUGUAGGAGACAUCGGCUUUCCUGGGCCAGAAGGGCAAUCUGGAAUACCAGGAAUAAAUGGAAAAGAUGGAUUGCCAGGACCUCAGGGUCUGAUGGGAAGAGCAGGUGACAGAGGUCCCAAAGGAGAACGUGGAGAUCAAGGUAUUCCAGGGGACAGAGGUCCGCAAGGUGAAAGAGGAAAACCUGGAGAAAACGGGGUUAUAGGACCUGCUGGACCACCAGGAGACAGGGGCUAUCCAGGAUCACCAGGUCAUCAGGGUUCCCCAGGUUCCCCAGGUCUUCCGGCUGACACAAUUUCAUUUGAAGAAAUGAAAAAAUACAUCAAACAAGAGGUUCUUAGGGUUUUUGAAGAGAGGAUGGCUCAGUUUGUAUCCCAACUGAAGCUGCCAGCUGCAAUGUUAGCUUCCCACGGUCAUGGGAAACCAGGUCCACCAGGAAAAGAUGGAUUACCAGGGCCACCAGGAGAACCUGGACCUCAAGGUUACAGAGGACAGAAGGGGGAAAGAGGUGAGCCUGGUAUUGGACUCCCAGGUAAUCCUGGUCCACCUGGCCCUUCAGCCACUGGUGUGCCAGGCCUCCCAGGCACUCCAGGAUCACCAGGUCCCCAGGGGCCUUCAGGGCCGAGCGGAAGGUGCAACCCAGCAGAUUGUUACUAUCACGUAUCUCAGGCUCGACAGCGUGCCAGUGGGAAAUAA